AUGAAUUCGCCUCAAGCUCCAUCUGGUCGCGGCUCCAGUGAAGAAGCAGAGAAACACGCUCAUGGCAUUGCCGUCGCGACAAAGGAUGUGGACACCGGUGCAGCACUUGUUGCGGGUAUGUCCGGCGACCUCGAUCCGGAUGAUGCAGCACGAGUUCUGAGGAAAAUCGAUUUUGGCAUCUUGCCGAUGAUGAUUCAGUUUAUGGAUAAGGCUACCUUGGGCAGUUCUGCAAUAUUGGGCAUACAUAGUCAUCCUCAACUGAGCGAUUACAUCAGGCUGGGCACUGUGUUCUACCUUAGCUAUCUACUAUUCGAAUAUCCGCAGAAUCUUGCGCUCCAGCGUUUCCCCGUGGGUAGAUGGAUAAGUAUCAAUAUCUUUGUCUGGGGCAUUUCGUUGGCCUGUCAAGCAGCCUGCACCAACUUCGCUGGCCUUUUCGUAGCGCGGUUUAUUCUGGGCAUGUGUGAGGGGUGCAUCACAGCUGGCUUCAUGAUUGUCAGCUCGAUGUUCUAUACUCGCAGUGAGCAAACAUCGCGGUUUGGGUACUGGUCGCAGAUUAUAUCUGGUUUUAUCAGUUUUGGUUCGCUGCAUAUCACAACUCUGCGAUUUGCACCAUGGCAGUGGCUCAUGAUCAUUACUGGAAUCUUAACCCUAAUUACUGCAGUCGUUCUUUUUCCUGAUUCGCCCACCAAUGCGUGGUUUUUGACGCCCUCGGAACGAGCUAUUGCGAUCCAGCGCUUGAAGGAAAAUCAAACUGGCGUAGAGAACAAACAUUUCAAGAAGGAUCAGAUGUUAGAGGCUUUGAAAGAUCCAAAGACAUGGAUCUUUGCUCUCUUUGCUGCGCUCGAUCAGAUACCGAACUCGCUCAGCAAUCAACGGCAAAUCAUUAUGACAACAAUUGGUUUCAGCGACCUGCAAACAACCUUGUUGAGCUGUGUUGAUGGUUUCAUGGAAGUUGCAACCAUUUGGACUGGUGUCAUGAUCGUCUCCCGGAUACCAAACAGUCGUGCUUACGUCGGCGCGGUGUACUUCAUCCCGGCUUUGGUUGGGAUCGCCUUGCUUUUUGCCAUUUGGCUUGUGGAUAUCGGGAUCACUGGAUUCGUCCUAUCUCUGGCCUGGUUGACCAGCAUUACUGCUGGGCACACAAAGAGAGUGACCACGAAUGCAAUCGUGUUGAGCGGGUAUUGCCUUGGUAAUGGUCUGGGGCCGUUCAUGUGGCUGUCACAAUAUAAGCCACGCAACCGCGUACCUUGGAUCGUCAUUGGGCUUUGCUACACCAUUUGCCCCUUACUUUUACUCAUCAUCAGGUUCAUGCUAUCACGAGAGAAUAAGAAACGGGACGCUGAGCCUGUCAAUGGUAACUUCGAGGAAGUCUACAUCGAACAAGUCACUGCGGAUGGAAAACGGAUUGAAGUCAAAGUCGAUAAAGAAUUUCUAGACCUGACAGACAUCCAAAACCGCGAUUUCCGUUAUGUUCUGUAG